AUGGCGGCAGAAAAGGAAGCUCCAAACGAGCUCCGGCCAGCUCAUGUGGCCGACGAAAAGCACGGCCCCGGGUCCAUCAAUGACUUUGAUAUCGCCCGCGAGCACGACCACGACAACGAAGUGGCCAUCAUGAGAAAGGACUACGAGGACAAGCCGACGGACGAGGAAUUCGCCACUCUCCGCCGCGUGCCUGGAAAGAUUCCCACGGUCGCGUACCUCCUCUGUGCUGUCGAGUUUUGCGAGCGCGCUUCCUACUAUGGCUGCGCCCAAAUCUGGACAAACUACAUCAACAGGCCGCUGCCCAAGGGGGGCAAUGGCUACGGUGCCGUCGCCGCCGGAAGUCAGAGUACGCAGGGUGCUCUGGGCAUGGGAGAGGCCAUUGCCAAUGCCACCACCCAGUCCUUCAGUUUGCUAGCCUACUGCCUUCCGCUCUUUGUUGGGUAUCUCGCCGACACGCGAUUUGGCCGGUACCCCAUGAUUUUCUGGGGCGUCAUCAUCUGCGGCGUCGGGCAUAUUCUCAUCGUUGCCGGCGGCGCCAAGGAGCUCAUUGCCAACGGCACCGCCAAGAUCCCCUUCUUCCUUGGUGUAUACAUCCUGGCGAUUGGAGCUGCAAUGUUCAAACCCAACGUCACACCUUUGUUGCUUGACCAGAUGAAGUCCCACGUACCGAGAGUAGUCACGCUCAAAUCGGGCGAGCGGGUGAUUGAGGACCCCGAGCACUCUACUGAGAGAGUCAUGUUGUGGUUCUAUCUGCUCAUCAACAUUGGCGCCUUCAUGUCCACGGCAACCUCGUACUCGGCAAGAUAUGUAGGCUGGUGGCUGGCCUUUUUGCUUCCGUUGCUUCUCUACCUCCCCCUGCCUCUCCUCUUGUUGUGGCUGAAGCCGCGUAUCGUUCUUCACAAGCCCGGCGGCUCUGACCUUCCCAAUGUGUUCCGGGCCAUCGGCCACGGCAUGGCGAAUGGCGGCAUCUUCAGGAUCGGACGCGCAGGCUGGUGGGAAAACGCCAAGCCGUCCGUCAGGGCGCAAAAAGGACUGUCCCCCGAGACUCGCUACAGCGAUGAGUUUGUCGUGGAUGUGCAGCGGACUAUGCAGGCAACUGGCAUGUUUUGCUUCUUCCCUGUACAGUACUGGAACGACAACGGUCUGGGAAAUUCGGCCAACUAUUUGGGCACCAUGCUCACCGGUAACGGUGUUCCCAACGAUGUCAUUGGCAACUUCAACUCGCUCAGUAUCAUUCUACUGGGACCUCUUCUCAACUACGGCGUCUACCCCCUCUUGCGCAAGGGCAGAAUCCAUUACGGCCCUGUUGCUCGCAUCUGUACCGGGUUUUUCCUCAGCACUCUGGCGGGCAUUGGCUACGCCGUGCUCACGUACAAGGCAUAUCAGACGUCCCCUUGCGGCUGGUAUGGCUCUUCCGAUCCCUACUGCGUGGACAAUGGUCUAGUCUCGCCCAUCUCAUUGUGGUGGGAGGCCAUUCCGUACGCAUUGGGUGGAUUCUCGGAGCUCUUUAUCAACGUACCUGCCUACGGCAUCGCUUACUCGCGCGCUCCGAUUAACAUGAGGGGCUUGGUGUCAGCCAUCAACCUCUUCAACACGGGUUUUGCCUACAUCGUGAACCUCGCUGCUUCCGCCGCCAUUGCCGAUCCCCAUUUGAUCUGGGACUUUGCUGGGCCAGCCAUCUUGGGAGCUAUCGUGACGGUUGGGUUUUGGUUCAUCUUCAAGCACAUUGAUAAGGAGGAAUAUGUACUUUCCACUACCCAGACUAGUGAGGCUGCGGAAGCUGAGAUCAUUGAGGAUACUGAGGCGGUGCCGACAGAUCGCCGCUGA